CUGUUCCUGCUGCUCUGCAGAGGAUGAGACUCUGGAGAGUGUUGCCAAAGGCCUUUUGAGCAGAAUGAAGAAGGAGAAAAGUCAAUGGGCAGCUGGACGAGUGGGCGACAUCGACUUUGUUGGUUCCACUAAAACACGAGGAAAGUUUGUGAGGGUUCAAGGCAACACAGACCCAAUUCUGAUCUACCAGAUGCUGACAGAGGAGUGGGGUCUUGCUCCUCCACACCUGGUGGUGUCCAUAGUGGGAGGAGAUGAGGUGGCUCAAAUGAAGCCCUGGCUCAGGGACACACUGAGAAAAGGACUUGUGAAGGCUGCACAAAGCACAGGGGCAUGGAUUUUGACUAAUGGUCUCCGGUUUGGCAUCACUAAACAUUUGGGCCAGGCAGUACGAGAUCACUCUCUUGCUAGCACCUCGUCCAAAGUUCGGGUAGUGGCAAUUGGUAUUGCACCAUGGAACAUGAUCCACAACUGUGAGGCACUACUGUCCGCCAAGGUGGAUGAGCCAGCGAUAUAUAAGCCACAGGAUUUACCCUAUGGAUCCAUGUACUCUCUGGACUCCCACCAUUCCCAUUUUGUACUGGUGGAGGAGGAACCCAACAGACCUGGAGCCACCAGUGAAAUGAGGAUCAAGCUGCUGAAACACAUCUCUCUUCAGCGCACCGGAUAUGGAGGUUCAGGUAGCUUUGAAAUCCCUGUUCUGUGCCUGCUGGUCCAUGGGGAACCCAGGAUCCUGAAGGUCAGUUUCAUGAUCAUUGGCAAUUCUACACCAUGGCUGAUCCUGGCGGGUUCGGGAGGCGUGGCUGACAUCCUUGUCACGCUGAUGAAUCGGGGCUGCUGGGAUACAGACAGUGAUGAGCUGCUGCUGGACACCUUUCCAAUGCCCACCAGCAGCACAGACAUCAGUAACUGGUCCAAGUAUAUCCAGAAGAUCCUAGAUCAUCAGCAUCUCCUAACUGUCCAUGACCCUGAACAGGAGAGCUCAGAACUGGACACCGUCAUCCUCAAAGCUCUCGUCAAGGCAUGCAAGAGCCAAAGUCAAGAAGCCCAAGACUUCUUGGAUGAACUGAAGUUGGCUGUUGCCUGGAACAGGGUGGACAUUGCAAAGAGUGAUAUCUUCAAUGGUGAUGUCGAGUGGAAGGCCUGCGACCUUGAGGAGGUAAUGAUGGAUGCCUUAAUCAAUGACAAGCCUGAUUUUGUGCGCCUCUUUGUGGACAACGGCGUGAACCUGGGCGAGUUCCUUACUUAUGGUCGUCUGCAGGAGCUUUACUGGUCAGUGUCGGAGAAGAGUCUCCUCCACAACCUGCUCCUGAAAAAGUAUGAAGAGAAGCAGCUUCUUUUAGGAGCCGCCAGGACCCACGGUCCACCUGGGCAUCACCCUCCAGAGCAAGGAGACCGUAAGCCCCGCUUCACCCUUUACGAGGUUGCCAAAGUGCUGAAAGACUUUCUCCAUGACUCCUGCAAAGGCUUCUACCAGAAAAUUCCAACAGAGAAACCUGCUAAAGGUCGACUAUUCCACACCCAGAAGAACCUGGCUGAGUUAGAGAAGCGCUGUGAACAUCCUUGGAGGGAUCUGUUCCUGUGGGCUGUCCUUCAGAACAGACAACAGAUGGCAAACUACUUUUGGGCUAUGGGCCCUGAGGCUGUAGCUGCUGCUCUAGCGGGUUGUAAGAUUCUGAAAGAAAUGGCACAUCUGGAAUCUGAGGCCGAGUCAGCACGUAGUAUGAAGGAGGCCAAGUACGAGCAGUUUGCCCUUGAUGUUUUUGGAGAGUGUUACUCCAACAGUGAAGACAGAGCCUAUGCUCUGCUAGUGCGGCGAACACACUGCUGGAGUAAAUCAACAGUCCUCAACCUGGCAACUGAGGCAGAUGCCAAAUCCUUCUUUGCACAUGAUGGAGUUCAGGCUCUCCUCACAAAGAUCUGGUGGGGUUCAAUGACGACUGACACAGCCAUUUCCAAACUCGUUGUGUCCUUCUUCUGUCCACCACUCAUCUGGACCAACCUCAUCAAGUUCAGUGAUGAGGAGCUGGAUAACCGCAGCGGCAGAGAACAGUUUGUGGAGCUUGAUAGUUUGGAUACAGAAAAGGCUUUACUGCUCACCGAUGAUGAUGACCCUUUAGACUCUCCAUCAGGAGGACCAGCGGCUCAGAGCUGCGCCUCGGUGUGGUGGCGUUUCUUACUCCGCCGCUGGCGUCGCUUCUGGAGUGCUCCUGUCACCGUGUUCCUUGGAAACGUGAUCAUGUAUUUUGCUUUUCUCUGCCUCUUCACUUAUGUGCUUCUGCUGGACUUCCGCCCGCCACCACCUCAUGGGCCUGGAGCCCCUGAGAUCAUGCUCUACUGUUGGGUCUUCACUUUGGUGCUGGAGGAAAUUCGACAGAGCUUCUUUACAGAUGAAGAGAUGAACAUCUUGAAGAAAUUCAAGCUCUAUGUGGAAGAUAACUGGAACAAGUGUGACAUGGUCGCCAUCUCGCUCUUUGUGGUUGGAGUUUCUUGCAGGAUGGUUAACGACACCUAUGAGGCAGGAAGAACUGUUCUCGCGAUUGAUUUCAUGGUAUUCACUCUCCGGCUGAUCCACAUUUUUGCCAUUCAUAAACAGCUGGGGCCCAAAAUCAUCAUCGUGGAGAGAAUGAUGAAAGAUGUCUUCUUCUUCCUCUUCUUUCUGAGUGUGUGGCUCAUUGCUUAUGGUGUCGCCACUCAGGCGCUUCUCCACCCCAAUGAUCCGAGGAUUGACUGGGCGUUUCGCAGAGCGCUAUACCGCCCCUACCUGCACAUUUUCGGACAGAUCCCCUUGGAGGAAAUAGACUCUGCUCAUAUGCCUGACAUCAACUGCACAAAGGAUUCAGAGGAGAUUCUCUUGGGUUUACGGCCGCCGUGUCCCAGCGUCUACGCCAACUGGCUGGUCAUCUUGCUCCUCGUCAUCUACCUCCUUGUCACCAACGUCCUGCUGCUCAAUCUGCUCAUUGCAAUGUUCAGCUACACAUUCCAGGUUGUCCAGGGCAACACGGACAUCUUCUGGAAGUUCCAGAGGUAUAACCUGAUAGUGGAAUACCACAGUCGUCCCGCGCUGGCUCCGCCCUUCAUCAUCAUCAGUCACCUCUCUCAGCUCCUCCUCACUCUGGUCAAACAGGCUGAGGAGUCCUAAACCAGGAACAUCUUGGGGAGAGAGCUGCCAGCAGGGUUGGACCAGAGACUCAUAACAUGGGAGACAGUGCAAAAGGAGAACUACCUGGCCAAACUGGAGAGGCAGCACUGGGAGAGCAGUGAGGAGCGACUGAAGAACACGUCCUCCAAGGUCCAGAGCCUACUGAGGAUUGUUGGUGGGUUCAAGGACCAAGAAAAGCGAAUUGUGUCCAUGGAGGCUCAGGUUAGAUACUGUGGAGAGGCAUUGUCUUGGAUGGCGGAGUGCUUUGCUCAAAGUACACUCAAGUGUGGGCGAGAUGCUCCACGAGUUCCAACAUCUUUGACAGACAAGGGGAGUACCAACGACGCACCUCAAGGUCAGCCGGACAAGGAAGUAAAACAAGACUGCGGGUCAACCAUGACCAACUUACAUCGAUAAAUAAGUGUGAUGAUAACUGUUA